GAUGCGUUUCCUGGGGCCCAGCCGACAUCACUGACCCGGCAGAAGGUGGGCGACCAGCUUUUGCAGGAGCCCUACCUGGUUUGCGAAAAGACGGAUGGGGAGAGACACCUGCUGCUGGCCUAUGAAGGCCAUGUCUACCUCAUCGACCGCAAGUGCCGCGUCUGGCUCUGCCCGGUGCAGCUGCCUCUGCCCGACCGUCACGCAAGGGCCCCUGGGUGGCACCACAACACUCUGUUGGAUGGUGAGCUGGUGGUGGAUAUGGAGGGGUCAAGUACAUGCUUGCGCUACUUGGUCUACGAUGCGAUGCACAUGUUUGAUGAGGAUCUAACACACCGAACCGUGGUGUACCGCCUCAGGAAGGCGCUGGCAGAUGUGAUUCUACCGAAG